AUGCAUUUUCAGUACGUCGUGACUGAUUCGUAGACAUUAAAUACAGCAGCUUCCACAGCAUUCUAGACUGGAUCUCCUCUUCUCCGUCGGGAGAACAGCACUUAUUUCGAACAUCAUAUACUUUUACAACAGGUGAUCAAAUAUGCAAGACAGCUUCAUCGCUAGAAUUAAAUGGCAUACCCAAUCGUCACUGGGUUUGCCGUCAUCUGAGCCAUCAGGCUCGGGAGAUGGCGGGAAACCUGUGCAAAUAUUCACGCGCAUCAGGGAGAAAACCAGGGAAUGGCACAAGCUGAGAAGGGCUGGGGGUAAAGUUCAGAAUCUACGAGCACAAUAUCUCGCUGAACAAGCCAAAAUCCAAGGUACGGUGUCGCCUCCGAUCACCAUAUCACGUCCCGCCAUGGAACUGCAACGGCUUCCACCUGUACCAGCGGAGCUACCAGGUGACAACACAGAUAUAUAUUCCCGGGAGAGACUUGAGCGAAGUCAGUCAGCGCACCAGCAUGAAGCCCCUGGUUCUCGUCCAGUUCCCGUCACUGAUGACUCUCAUCCACCCGGGGAGAGCGGCAAAUUCAUUCUUGUUUCUGACCCUGUGCUCGAUAAUGCGAAGGGCUCUGGUCACCAACACAGAGACACGCCUCAUGCACAGAGAAACGGAACUGUUGAAUAUGAGCGGGAUCUCAAGAUACUAUUGGAUGAAUCUUGUAUUCCUCAACCUCUGAUAGGUCCAAGUCAUGUCGUCCAAGAUGAUAUUGAAAUUCUUCGUCUCGAGACAUACAUACAGACGAUCCGGAGAAAUUGCGAACGGCUAACGGAAAUCAGAACGGAGCUAGAGCAGCAAAUACUCGUAGCGAAAGAGUUUGCCUUCAAGCUGUACUGCCAAACACAUGAAUGGGAGUGCUGGAGUCCAAUUCUACAAGAUCCUGUUCCCCUGCUGCAGGUAUUAAAGGGACUUCAAACGACCAUACUGUGGCUGCAAGCCCGCAUUCAGUGGUAUGAGAGAAAGUACCCUGGACUUCGUGAGCAGUACAACACGCAUACGGGAUUGCAAAACAAGACUUCUGAUGUGGUAAGGCUGGAGGAUAGUGAAAUCUAGCUGGGCUAUGCUGAAAUGGAUCGUUCUUAACAUCGAGACAGAUUAGGUUGGGAUCGUUUGUUGAGGAUAUUUCGCGGAAUCUUUUUGGAUUUUUUAUUACCCCGGGUCAUAUCUUGGUUUUUAUUUCCUUCAUUUCAUCAUGUUUUCUCGUCUCUGACAGGUGGUUGGUUAUCUGGUUGUCUGGGACAGAUAGGGGCGUCUUUCAUGUUUCAUGAGCAAGAGAGGAUAUAGAUAGAUUGCAAUGAGCGGAUGCGGAUAAAGAUGAUACACUUGAAUGUAGGUAAAUAUUUCUUUUAAAAUAGAUUGUGGUCAUGGGAUGCCAUUCGGUC